UUGUUGUUCUUACAAGAGCCGCCACUUAGCUCGCUCUCUCUGUAUCUCUUUCUCUCUUUCAAUAAACCCAGAGCCGCCAUGGAUUCCGUCCGGCUUCCAACGGCUCCAUCCUCUCUCCGUAGCCACAUUCCCCUGCCUUCAAAACCAGUGAUCGGAGUCACUCACUUCUCUCGAUCUCGUAUCCCAGUCGCUGUUUUGUCCCGAGACGACACAUCUAUGGCUCCACCGCCUCCAAUGUCUCCUCUGCCACGUCUCAAGGUCUCUCCGAACUCGUUGCAGUACCCUGCCGGUUACCUCGGUGCUGUACCAGAACGUACGAACGAUCCUCAAGACGGAAACAUCGCUGAAGCUAUGGAGUAUUUGACGAAUAUACUGUCUACUAAGGUUUACGACGUCGCCAUUGAGUCACCACUCCAACUUGCUAAGAAGCUUUCUAAGAGAUUAGGUGUUAAAAUGCUUCUUAAAAGAGAAGACUUGCAACCUGUUUUCUCGUUUAAGCUUCGUGGAGCUUACAAUAUGAUGGUGAAACUACCAGCAGAUCAGUUGGCAAAAGGAGUUAUCUGCUCCUCAGCUGGAAACCAUGCUCAAGGAGUUGCGUUAUCUGCUAGGAAACUUGGCUGCUCUGCUGUGAUUUAUAUGCCUGAAACAACCCCAGAGAUCAAGUGGAAAUCUGUUGAGGAGUUGGGAGCAACGGUUGUUCGUAAGGGUGAUACGUAUGAUGAUGCACAAGCACAUGCUAAGGAACGAGCUUUAGCAGAGGGUUUAACGUUUAUACCUCCUUUUGAUCACCCUGAUGUUAUUGCUGGACAAGGGACUAUUGGGAUGGAGAUCACUCGUCAAGCUAAGGGUCCAUUGCAUGCUAUAUUUGUGCCAGUUGGUGGUGGUGGUUUAAUAGCUGGUAUUGCUGCUUAUGUCAAGAGGGUUGCUCCCGAGGUGAAGAUCAUUGGUGUAGAACCAGCUGAUGCAAAUGCAAUGGCGUUGUCGCUGCAUCACGGUGAGAGGGUGAUAUUGGACAAGGUUGGGGGUUUUGCAGAUGGUGUUGCAGUUAAAGAAGUUGGUGAAGAGACUUUUCGUAUAAGCAGAAAUCUAAUGGAUGGUGUUGUUCUUGUCACUCGUGAUGCUAUUUGUGCAUCAAUAAAGGAUAUGUUUGAGGAGAAACGGAACAUAUUGGAACCAGCAGGGGCUCUCGCGCUCGCUGGAGCUGAGGCAUACUGUAAAUAUUAUGGCCUAAAGGACGUGAAUGUCGUAGCCAUAACCAGUGGUGCAAACAUGAACUUUGACAAGCUAAGGAUUGUGACAGAACUCGCAAAUGUCGGAAGGCAACAGGAGGCUGUUCUUGCUACUCUCCUACCGGAAAAACCUGGAAGCUUUAAGCAAUUCUGUGAACUGGUUGGACCAGUGAACAUAACCGAGUUCAAAUAUAGAUGUAGCACAGAAAAGGAGGCUGUUGUAUUAUACAGUGUUGGAGUUCACACAGCCGAUGAGCUCAAAGCACUACAGAAUAGAAUGGAAUGCUCUCAACUUAAAACAGUCAAUCUCACAACCAGUGACUUAGUGAAAGAUCACCUGCGUUACUUGAUGGGUGGAAGAUCAAGUGUUGAAGACGAGGUUCUAUGCCGGUUCACCUUUCCCGAGAGACCUGGUGCUCUAAUGAACUUCUUGGACUCUUUGAGUCCACGGUGGAACAUCAGCCUUUUCCAUUACCGUGGACAGGGUGAGACGGGCGCGAAUGUGCUGGUGGGGAUCCAAGUGCCCGAGCAAGAAAUGGAGGAAUUUAAAGACCGAGCGAACACUCUUGGAUAUGAGUACUUGUUGGUAAGUGAUGACGACUAUUUUCAGCUUCUGAUGCACUGAGUUAGAAGCUGUGAUGGAUAACCUAAGAAGAAGAAGAAGCCAACAGAGUCUUCCUCCUGAUUAGGUUGUUCUUGAGCUACUUUUGUCUGUUUUCACUCGUGUCUGUCUGUUUAGUCCGGGCCUCUGUCACCGUAGUAGUUGAGUGAGUAACGUUUAUAUUAUUUGCUACGACCUCUCAUCCCUAUGUAUAACUCUGUAGACCUUAACUGGUAUACCUUUCGGUUUCACCAAGUAAUUUGUGGCUAGCCUCCCAAUAAAAUAAAUUAGUAGUU